UCAUGAGGCAGUUUUGCUUAGUUUUUUCUUUAAGGUUUAAUGUUCUAUAUUAUUGUGAGUGUGUGUUUAUGUAUUUUAGUGUGAGCUGUAGUUUUGUUUUGUAAUUUUACGUGUUUUAUUUCUUCCUCCCUGAUUUCUGCACUGCACAGUGUAUUAUUAGAAACAGGGCUUCUCUGUAUAGGAGAACAGUUUUUUUGUGUUUUUAACAGCAAGUUAUAUCGCUUAUUGUGAACCGUUAUGUGUGCAGGAGGCGGUUCAGCUGGACGGAGAGAUCCUGCAUGCUCUGUGUAGCGAGUGUGUUCUGUGGCGUAUCGGCACCUGGACAAGCACAAGAUCGAGCCGGUGCUCUACAUGAUGGAGUGCUUCAUGUGCGCCUUCUCCAGAACUCUGCCCUGGGCCUCGGUCCUCAGAGUGUGGGACAUGUUCCUGUGUGACGGUCAGACACAAACACACACUUGUCCAUCUUUUCUUUCUGUGUUGAUUCUCUCUCUCAUUCUUUCUUUGUGUAGGAGUGAAAAUUAUAUUCUGUGUGGGUUUGGAGUUGUUGACGUCCAUGCUGGGUAGGGUACUCGGGAUAAACUCAAGGCCUGUCCGGGUCAGUAUGAGACCAUGGAGGUCCUCAGAGCGAUUGAGCCUAGAUACAUGCAGGAGGGCUUCUUAGUGCUCCAGGUUCUGGAGUUGCAGGUAUCGGCACAGGAUGUGGAACGUGAGCAACGCAUGCAGCUGAAGCGCUGGAAGAAGAAGCGCGGCAAGCCCGGCCCCAAACUCCCUCAGAGAAUGCACAGUGCUCGCACCAUCAUGGCCACCGAGCCUCAUACACACCAAGACCUCCGCCAGAAACCCACCAUUAUGGUCCAGUACCCAUCGGUCCCUGAGGAGAAGUCCGAGCCGAACCUCAGAAAGAAGAGAGGGAGCCUGAAGAAAAACCAAGCCCUCAUUCCUAACCCCUACACGCUACCUGGCGAGUCUAAACCUAGUCAGAUAUUGGACAUACAGCUUCUGAACCAGGAAAAUCUAAAUCUUGUACUUCCAAAUACACCAUCACAUCCACCACGGCUCCCUACAAUGCAGGAAAAUCAGGUCAAAGAGACGAGCACUUCUACAAAGCGACUCGUGCAGCGUCCUCGAAUUCCUCCAUCGAUAAGAAACCGGCGGAAUCUAUCCCUCAGCAACAUCUGUCCCUCCUAACUGCUCCUGUACAUGGAUCACCUUCAGCGUGGCGUCCUCACCUGCUGAAAUGUCCCCCUGUCCAAUCCAGACAACCUGACCAUGAUGAGCUCCCUAAUAAUACAGAAAACUCAGCCACCAUUUUGGAUCCAUCUACAGACUCAAGCCCUCUGCUAACGCACAACACACCUGCCACCCACGACUCGCCUGCUGCUCCCGAGUACAAAAACAACACUCAUUGAUUUUUUUUUUUUUUUGUGCGUGUUAAACAGUGUGAUACGUUGAGGAAUUGAUUAUUGGCACACGUCUACUGAAUAGCAAGGAUCGUUAAGUCUUUAACGUGUUAUAGUUUACACCGGAGGAACUGCAAACAAUCUGAGAGAGGGAGAAACCCGUCAGCUACUAGAGGGCACACUUGGUCCAAAAAUGUACACACACUCCACAAAAACUCUGCAGUGCCUGAGGAGUGUUUACUCGCUCCAGUCUUCAGAAGGGAAACUACCUACAGAUUCACUUUUGAAAGACUUUCACAGGCAUCACAAACAUUUGUUUAUAUUACACUCGUAUUAAUUUGGCAGGUUUUUUUCUUCUUAAUCCGAAGCAACCACCACUUCUUUGUGUUUGUAUUUCACAAAUUUCCUUACCGCAUCUUACAAGAGCUGCACGACAAUCGCAACAAUCCUGUACAAUAGGCACAGCCUUUUCAUUAACAUAAUCUCAGUGAAAUAUCCUCUGUCUGUAUACUUUACGCGCAAACAAAACAACUCAAGCUGAGAACUUUAUUGCUGAUUCACGUUAUACCACACCGCCUUCUAAUAUAGAUCUGAUCUAUAUUAUAUAUACAUGUACCUUAGAUAAUGCCUCUCUGAACGCCAUGGUGGGACGUUCCCGAGCUGAAGUACUGUACAAGUCCUAAGCAUUAGAUCACCCCAAUUACUCUUGUAUACUCUUUCCAUACCAUCGUGAUCUUUGCCUGACGAAACCAUACACAAACAUAUUUGACAUUUGGGGCCUAAUUCUAAAAUCACCACAUACCAAAUGCACAACCGUUUUGUCUUGCUGCCAUCACAAAAUAAAGAUGUUUAAACCUUAAGUAACGUAGUCACGGAGGGUGUAUAUAUUUUUCCACACUACAUGAAGUUUGGGGAUCCUUAUAGACUGUGGAACAGAAGUGUACUCAGUGUGUCUCCACCGUUUUAUUUCAUAUUGGAGUACAACCAUUUUUCUUUUUUACCAUUAAGGAUGAAACACUUGUUUCUUUUAAAACACCAUCUUUAAAUAUUUUUCUACCUCCUAACUAAACCCUCGGACUUAAGACACGAUCUUUGGAGUUGUUGACGCCCUGCUCAGGGUUAAACAACAACGUCUUUACAUUACCUUCAUUAAUAAUUUGUCAAUCUAUCCUCUUGGUUUUUUUAUUUUUUUUUUGGAGCAAAAGUCAGGUCCUCUCUCAUUUCAACAGGUCCUCUUGUUGGUGAAUACACAGCAAUCUUCUAAGGGUAUUAGGAUUUCUCGGAGCAGACAUUGUAGCAGAUAGUUGCAGAGUUUCUUCUGUGUUUUAACCACAACAUCUUAACCAUUAUUUUA